AGCCGCGUCAUCACAAAUCUCAAACAAACAUGGCGGCGCCCUCGGGCUGCUCAGCUCUCCUGGCUGGUUCAGCGCUGUUUGCGGCAGUUUUAGCGCUGUUUUAUGCAACCUCGGGCGUAGCGGGUCCCGCGGUGUGUCUGGUGGCCGUGGCCGGACUGCUGCUGCCGCUGUGGGGCUUCUGGCUGCGGCGGCGGGACGGAGGGACGGAGCGGCGGGUCUGUGUGCUGGUGCUCGGGGACAUCGGUCGCAGUCCUCGGAUGCAGUAUCACGCCUUGUCGCUGAGCAAACACGGAUAUCAGGUCACUUUUGUCGGGUUUUUAGACUCUAAACCUCAUCAGGACGUUCUGAACGAGGAGAAGAUCCAGAUUGUUCCCAUCGCGGAGGUGAAAGGAGUUCGAGCGGGACCCAAGAUCCUCACAUACGUGUCGAAGGUGUUUCUUCAGUCGCUGCAGCUUCUGUUUGUUCUGCUGACGAUGGAGCUGCAGUCUCAGAUUCUGAUGCAGAAUCCUCCUGGCCUGCCUGGUAUCGCCGUCGCCUGGUUCGUGUGCGUCCUCCGAGGCAGCCGAUUGGUCAUCGACUGGCACAACUACGGCUUCACCAUCAUGGCGCUGAGCCUCGGUCCGGCUCAUCCGGUGGUUCGACUCGCAAAGUGGUACGAACAUUUCUUCGGACCUUUGGCCACCAACAGCCUGUGUGUCACCAAUGCCAUGAAGGACGACCUGCAGAAAAACUGGGGUGUCAGGGCGACGACGCUGUACGACCGACCGCCGUCCAUCUUCAGAGAGACGCCGCUGAAGCUGCAGCACGAACUCUUCACGAGGCUGGUCGACGUUUAUCCUCAGUUCCAGGACCCUGGGUCUGAGGAAGAGGAUGUGGAGGUGGAGAGGACAGUUUUCUCGGUCCGUGAUCCGGCCGACGGCACCGUGACGCUGAGGACGAACCGACCGGCGCUUCUGAUCAGCAGCACCAGCUGGACGGAGGAUGAAGACUUUUCCAUCCUGCUGAAAGCUCUCGAAGAUUACGAAGUUUUCGUUAAAGGAGGAGCUUCCUUACCGUCUUUAAUCUGCGUCAUCACAGGUAAAGGUCCUCAGAAGGAACAUUACAAGAAAAUCAUCGACUCUCUGCGUCUGGAGCACGUUAAGAUCUGCACUCCCUGGCUGGAGGCCGAAGAUUAUCCUGUUUUAUUAGGUUCAGCAGAUCUGGGAGUUUGUCUCCAUAAGUCGUCCAGUGGACUCGAUCUGCCCAUGAAGGUGGUCGACAUGUUCGGCUGCUGCCUCCCCGUCUGCGCCAUCAGCUUCCACUGUUUACAUGAGCUGGUGAAACAUGAGGAGAACGGACUGAUCUUCAAAGACUCUGCAGAGCUAUCACAGCAGUUAAAGUGUCUCCUGUCAGAGUUUCCCAGUUCAGACGGUAAACUGGGAACCUUCAGGAAGAACCUCCGGACCAGCAGGGGGCAGCGCUGGGACGACAACUGGGACCAGAACGUUCUGCCGCUGAUCAGCUCCAGAUGAACCCAGUGGUAGUUUGUGGUGCUGCAGCUAUAAAAAAUACUGCAGAGUCGUCUGCAAAACUGUUAACCAGGUUGGUUAUGUUUAUAAAAUGUGCAGUCGAGAAAACAAACCGGAUGCAAAACCAAAAGUAGGAAAAUAUUUACGGCUCUUUCACCCUCUUUGAGUCCAGUUUUUAUUUAUACGCUUACAUGAUGAACACUGAGGUCACAGCAGGAGGACGUUUAAAGGACCAACACUAAGGUUUUUUUCUUUUUUGUUUUGUUUUAAAGUUAACACGUUUGAAUUGCAAAAAAAAAAAAACACAAAACAUGUACGGUGGCCAUGAUGUGCAACAAUAUUUUGGUAAACAAAACAACAACAAAAAAAAACUGAAAACAGGACAACCGUUAUAAAACAACAAAAUACAACAGAAUGGAAAACUAAAUUUAAAAAACAACAACAAUGAAACAGAAAAUGCAACAUUUUAGACAAUACAGAAAAACAAAAAAAAAAACCAAAACAAUAAAACAAAAAACAACAUUUUAGAAAACCUAACAGAACUGAAAGUAGAACAUUUUGGAAACACACAAAAGGAAAAUGUUUAAAAACAAAACAGAAAAAGCAACAAUGUUUUGUGUUUACUGUUUUGUUUGUGCAAUAUUUGAAAUGUUGUUUCGUAAAAUGUUAUAUUGUUUUGUUGUGGUGUUUUUCUAUAAUGUUGUUGAGUUUUGCACUUCAGGGCCACCGUCUAAAUCUUAUAAUUUUAGUUUCAUGUCUGUUUAAGUCUUUAUUUUUUCUUUUUUUGGGAUGACGUGGAUACAUGCUGGAAGUGAAAUGUCUGAUAACUACAGAUUCUUUACGGGAAACUUUGACAAACUGAAGGAAACGCCGAUGAGAUAAAAAAAAAACAGUUCUGUGAACUUUCCACCUUUUCAUUCCUGCAGCUUCACUUGAAUGUACAGAAGACACUUUGAUACAAUGUACAGCUGUAAAUAAAACCUUUAUUGUGUUAAAGUCA